AUGAGCUCCGACUCUUUUAGCCGAGUGGGUGUGGCCGGACUGGUGGCUGGAGCCGCUGCCACCGCCUUUGUUGGCCCUGCGUUGAGUCGCAGUGCUCCCUCCCCAGCUGGAGCCGCCCCAGCUUUCCGUGGGACUUCCCAAUCCACCGCGUCUGGGGUCAGCUUCGGUACUGCUGCGUUGGGCACAGCCACCCUGGCUGCCGUUGCCACCAGCGCCCGAAAGCAACGCACCAGCCGUACGGCCAAAGUGGUUCGCCAGCAAGCGCCGCCCAGCACUGCAGUGGCGGAGCGCAAGACGGAGGAUCUCACAGGUGCCUUGCCUGACUGCCCCGGCACCAUUUGGAAUGCAGAGGACAUUGACAUCAAGAAGCUUCCUCCAGUGAAGCAGACAGCACCUUUGAUCAUUGAUGCGGCCGAGUUGGGAGAUGAACUGAAGAAGGGCACGGAGAAACAAUGGGUUGCAGCCCAGAAGGACAAGAUCAUGGCCCAGUUGCAGGAUCAUGGUGCCAUUUGGUUCCGCAACUUUGAAACCACCAAGCAGCCAGAUGGUUUCAGGGAGUUCUAUGAGGCCUUGCAGUUGAACCCUUGCCUGGAUCCCAUCCACACCUCCGGUCUCCGGGCCAUGGAGGAGAAGAAACAUGCCGUCUACGAGGCCGUGAACAAGCCAUCCCUGGCAGGGCACUUUGUGGGGCUCCACAACGAAUCCACCUUUGUGAAGACCGCGACCUAUGGAGCUUUCGUGUGCUUCAAGCAGGCCUCUGAAGGUGGCGGUGAAUUUUUGAUUGCCGAUGGAGCCAAGAUCUUGGAGGACAUGGACCCGGCUGUUUUGGAGAGGAUCUACACCAACAAGGUCCGUAUCUCCGUGAGCAACUUGGAUCUCAACUUCUUGGGAUCUUUGCCCGACGGCAUGAGGGAAUCCGCCUCGGACUUCUUCCAAGACUUGAUCUUCAAGGUCGUGGCACCCAAGUUCGACAUGGAUUUGGAGAUGGUUUACGGUGCCGACCAGUCCAAUCCCUAUCGCCUGCAAGCCAUUGAGCAUGCACAGUCGCCAAUCAACAAGCACCCUGUGACAGGCCAGCCAGUUUGGUUCUGCAACUUGCACAACCACAGCCGCUACCUGCGGGACAGGCGUCCGUGCACUGUGCCAGAGGUUGGUAUGACGGACGUCUACAGCGGAGACCUGUCGGCCAUCCCUUAUGACGACGUCCGACACAUCAACGAGGUUUGCGAGAAGAACAUCCAAGUCAUGGCCAUGAAGGAGGGUGACGUGGUCCUGCUGGACAACUACCGCGUUCUCCAUGGCCGCAACACCUUCAAGGGCGACCGCAAGCAUGCCGUGACCUGGUUUGAGUCUUGUGGCGAGCCUCUGGCGAACAACCAGAAGCAGAAACCAGAUGACUUCAUGAAUGAACUCAUCAACAAGACCUUGGUCUAA